CUCUCGAAAAACUCACAAACGUUUAGUGAGCGUACACCCACACUUAGGCUUGCUUAGGCCUGUUUUCCGAGCAUAUUUGCCGAUUUGGAAAACUGUGACCACAUACUCUGCGGCGCUCUCAAUGUGACUGUAUGCUUGUAUGCUGUGCAGUGAUCGUCAACAACUACGAACGCUGCUUCAGCGUGGAGAGUCAAUUCAGUUCGUGCGUUCGCGGAGCGUGUGCGAGUACUCUUUGAAAUAUUUACGGAAAGCAAAAUUCAAUUUUAACGAAAGUGUGAAGGUUCUUCUGGUUCACAGGGUACAAUUCUAUAUGCAAUCGGUGGGGUAGAAUAUCAUAUUUGGCAUGUUUUUUCGCUUUGCAUAGCGUGCGAGGUGCAAAAAUAGAGAACAAAACGAAAAUGUGAAAAUUUUAUGUAAAAGAAAAUAUUAGAUGAAAAAACAACAAAUAAUUUAUUAUUCAAGCGAACGCAGUGCAUUGGAAAAUUGAUUAAAGUUAAGUAAACUCAAGCGACUAGCGGCGAUUACGAAUGCUGCAUACGCAUCCGAGCAGUAGUGAAAUUAGUACAAAAACCUCUACAAAAUAGGCAAAUCGGUGUUUAAAAAUAGACGCGUCGCCGUUCGUAAUACGGAGCAGUCAGUCAGUACACGACAUAGCACAGCGAAGCGCGCACACACACAGACCGAAACAUAGAGAAAAAGAAGAGGAGGAGGAAGAUUUCUAGAAGGCAAAAAGUCGCAGCAGCAGAAGAGGCGCUAGUGUGGUGUACUCAUACGCGGCAUUUGGUGAAUGUAUAAAGCGUCUUUGACGUCGCUGACUUCUGCGUCAUUGCCGCUUUCUUCGGCAUCAGCCCAUGUAGAUAGCAACGCCGCUCACUUCGACUUUGCGGUUAUUUCCUCUAACAUCUUCACUUUCGUCGACGUCGUUGUCGUAGUUGCCGCUGUUUUCGUCACAACGUCGACGGGAAGAUAUGAAGCAAGCGCCGCGCCACCAAAGGGGAAACACAAACAGACAACAAGAGAGUAGCGCAGCCUGGCAUAUUGUGGGAAUCGUGUCGAUACCGUAAAAUUUCGCAACAUUUUGCCAUUUAUUCAGCAAUCAUACGCUUGCAAGUUGUUUCGCGUUGCGCGCUGCGAAAAUAGAGUUAGUGGGGAGUGUGUUUUGAUGCAACGUAGCUAAACUUUCAACUUGUGGCACAUUAUUUAUAUGCGGCAUCAAAUAAGGAGCAUACAAAAUUGCAAUUAAAUUGUUGUAAACAAGUUAUACUAGUGUCAUAAAUUCCCUGCCGCAGUCCUUACGCAGCGGGCAAAUAUGCAAGCAGCGCCUCCGAACGCCGCCACAAAACCUAAAACCGCCUCCAUAACGACCACAACCAAACCGAACAUAAUCACGCAUCCAGUGAAAACGACGAAACCCUACAUUGACUCACAGCUAUACCAGUCCACACUGCAGCAGCAGCAGCAACAACAAACAACAGUUGGUAGUCAAAUUGGUAGCGGCAAAACGAGUGUCGUGUACUCGGACGAUCCCACGCGAGAGAUCGAGGAGAUCUCAAAGAAGAUAUCCGAGCACGCAGAUGCGUUAUACCAUACGUGGAAGAGUCGUGGACUAGCACCGACUGAAUUGUUAGGUUUCUACACGCAUGCAGCAGCUGCCGCUGCAACGAGCGACGGUGCCAGUGACGCUGGCGAUAUUUUUGCGGUUGACGACGAGCAAACAGCGGAGGGGCUGCAGAAAUUGGUCAAAUCAUUUGUGCUAAAGGAUAAAGAACAACGCGCGAGCAAAGCACACACCGGCUCCAAUAGCGCGGUCAGUAGAUUGGGUAGUAGUGUUGUAAGUGCCGGUGUUAUAGGCAUAGGCGGUCUUGGUGGACUUGUUGGUGCUGUUAGUGCCGAUAAAGGUGUGAGCUUAAACACAAUACAAGAUCAAAAUCUCGAUGCCAAUAUGGUGGGCAAGUUGAAGCAGUCGCCGGGGUCUACAACGAAAAGGAGCGUCGCAUCGCCGAAGUCACCCACAACAACAUCGGCUAUACUGAUGAAGAGUGCCGAUGCGCCUGGCGUUGAUGUUGUGGAUACCUUGAAGAAGAAGACCACAAAAUCGAAUGGUAAAACGAUUGGCGCCACUUCUUCCAGUGGGUCGUCGUCGUCAGCAACGAACAAGGCGACGCUGGCACAAAAACAUGAGAAACAACAUAGCACAACUAGCAGCGGCAGCAGUGGCGCAGCAACGUCUACCAAAUCGCGCGGUACGAGUUCUAUGACUAACACCACAGCCAACACCACCACUAUUGGACGUAGUAAGCCACAUGCUUCGAAUUCCGCACCGCUCGAUAUCAACUUAACGGUGGACUUAAAUCUGGACCUAACAGACUUGUCCGAGUUGCAGACGCAUAAUUUGCGCAAAAUCAAGGAGCUCUUGCAGGAGAAUGCACCCUCAACAGCAACAACAACACAAACAGCGAAAGUUGCUACAAAUAGCGGUACGAAGCAGACGAGAAAGGCCAAUACAGCGCACACAACAACAACGGCGGACACCGACCCAGCGCGCCACAGUGCGAAUCAUCACUCACGCCGCGGCGAACUGACGCCUAAAAGUAGCAAUAUUGGCAGCGGCAGUGAUGGCGGCGGCGGCAAGAGUGCGGUGAUUGCUGUCAACAAUGGCGUCGGAGGAAGUGUCAAUAAAGCGGCGAUCACAAUUAUUGGCAACGGUGGUGUUGACGGCGUUGCUGGUGUUGUUCUUACCGAAAGUGUCAAUGUUGAUAAAAAUAGUAGUAGUAGCGGCGCGGGUGCGAGCGGCAGUGGCAGCAAAGGCGGCGCGCCCAUUACAACUGCCACGAACGGCAAGCGGAGCACAGUGGUUGCGAAAGUGAGCAAUUCGAAAUCAACGCCAGCCGAUAAUCAAUCGAAUCAAAGUGCCAUCAGUGUCAGUGGCCACAAGCAAUCGAGCAAAGAAAGCGGCGAAAAAAGUAACACCACAACGACGAACGCGACACCGAGCACGCGGACCGCAACUGUCAGCAUUAGUGGUAGCAAAUCAAUCAAAGCGCCCACUAUCAAGGAGGAUAACAAGAACGACAGCAACAACAACAAUAGCACAACAACAACACAUACGAAUCAUUUAAGUAGUGGCGCUGGUCAACUUCGAAGUGGCAGCAAGUCGAGCACUAAAAAGGAUACAAAAACGGCUAAUAGCAACGGUACAGGAGCAGCAGCGACAGGCUCUACAAUUGGUGGCGCUACGGGUGAGAACGGUAUGGCAGCUAUGCCUGCGGCAACAAGUGGCGCGACAACAACUACACCUAGUAAAUUUGCCAAAACUGGACGUACGCUGACCAAUGGACAGGACAAAUAUGUUGGUCGACCGAUACUUACGCGCGGCUCGGUGGCAGAGCGUGUGCUAAUGUUCGAGAAGUGUCCGGAUGUGCGGAACUCGUUUUUGAAUAUCAAAAGACCCGAUCCAGCGGAUGCGCCACCAAAAAGUCUACUCAAGGUUAAAUUGCAUUCAACACCGCCACCGCCGCCCGAACAUAAUUCAAUACAACGGGAAAUUCGAAACACUAAAACAGCUUACAUACCCAGAUUCUACUUCCCACAUGGCAAACCACAGCCACAAAUCGCAGCAGAACGCACUCUGCGUGGUAUUUUGUCCGCGUUCGACUCAUUUCCGAACAAUCAAGUGACGAAAGACGAGCUGCCGCGCAUUUUGAAAAUCUGCGGUCUACCCUUCUAUUGGCGCAUGCCGGUGAUGGUCUUCUGUCAGCAGGGUAAUUCUGGACUGGUGGAGCGACAAAGAUUUGUGGAGUUUUGGAAACAAAUGAAUGUUUACUGUCAUGAUGCCGCCUCGCGUUUUGUUUACAUCUUGUCGCGCGGUCAACGUUUUCGCCAAUACAUACUGCCGGAGGACUUGGCGCCGCUCGUGCAAGACGUGGUCGAUACACAUCCUGGCUUGGCGUUUCUCAAAGAGGCCACCGAGUUUCAUUCCAGAUAUGUACACACAGUUAUUGCGCGAAUAUUUUACUCGGUGAACCGUUGCUGGUCGGGUAGGAUUAACAUUUCGGAGUUGAAGAAAUCCGAUCUCUUGGAGGUUCUUACGUUACUCGAAGAGGAGGACGACAUCAAUCAAAUUAUGGCAUUCUUCAGCUAUGAGCACUUCUAUGUCAUCUACUGUAAGUUCUGGGAAUUGGAUAAAGAUCACGAUCUGCUCAUCAAUCAGGACGAUUUGGCGCGACAUAGUGAUCAUGCUUUGUCCACACGCAUUGUGGAGCGAAUAUUUUCGGGUUGUGUAACGCGUGGCGAUAACAAGAAACAACCGGAUGAUGAACCAAAAAUGUCCUAUACCGAUUUUGUGUGGUUUCUGCUUUCCGAGGAGGAUAAGCGUACACCUACCGCAAUCGAGUAUUGGUUCCGUUGUAUGGAUAUCGAUGGUGAUGGUGUGUUGUCCAUGUACGAAUUGGAGUACUUCUAUGAGGAACAACAACAACGUAUGGAAUCCAUUGGCAUCGAGACGUUGCCAUUCGAAGACUGUCUGUGUCAGAUGCUCGACAUGAUUAAGCCUGCUCAUCGCGACUGCAUCUCAUUGGGCGAUUUGAAGCGCUGCAAAAUGACACAUGUCUUCUUCGACACAUUCUUCAAUCUGGAGAAAUAUUUGGAUCAUGAACAACGAGAUCCGUUUGCAUCGCAAAGAGAUGAAUACUCUUCCGAUUGGGAUCGCUUUGCGGCGCAGGAAUACGAACUGCUCAUCUCCGAGGAAAACGAAUGAACACAUACUUACAUACAAAUCGUACAAACUACAUACAUA